UACCGGUGACGUUGCCGCAAAGCGUUGGAUAUAUCGUAGCCGUAUUUCCUAGUUGUCCGAAGAUUUUACGGUUUUUCUGAUCGUCUACCAAAAAGUGGACGGCAAAAAUAGAAAUCCGACAUGGGGAUUAAAUUCUUGGAGGUGAUUCGCCCAUUUUGUGGGAUUCUCCCAGAAGUAUCAAAACCGGAAAGAAAGAUCCAGUUUAGAGAGAAGGUACUAUGGACGGCUAUCACACUUUUUAUAUUCCUGGUCUGCUGUCAGAUUCCGUUGUUCGGAAUCAUGUCAUCCGACUCUGCAGAUCCAUUCUAUUGGAUGAGAGUGAUCAUGGCCUCCAAUAGAGGUACGCUUAUGGAGCUGGGUAUCUCGCCCAUCGUGACGUCAGGUCUCAUCAUGCAGCUUCUGGCGGGAGCAAAGAUCAUUGAGGUUGGCGACACUCCCAAGGACAGAGCCCUGUUCAACGGAGCGCAGAAACUGUUCGGCAUGGUGAUCACGCUGGGCCAGGCCAUCGUCUACGUCAUGACGGGCAUGUACGGAGAGCCGUCCGACAUGGGAGCUGGCAUCUGUCUCCUCAUCGUCAUCCAGCUGUUUGUCGCGGGCAUGAUCGUUCUGCUGCUGGAUGAACUGCUGCAGAAGGGCUACGGCCUCGGCUCCGGCAUCUCGCUCUUCAUCGCCACAAACAUCUGCGAGACGAUCGUCUGGAAGGCGUUCAGCCCCGCGACCGUCAACACCGGCAGAGGUACGGAGUUUGAGGGUGCCAUCAUUGCACUGUUCCACCUGCUGGCGACGAGGACAGACAAGGUGCGAGGGCUUCGUGAAGCCUUCUACCGACAGAACCUGCCCAACCUGAUGAACCUGAUGGCCACCGUGUUCGUGUUCGCGAUCGUCAUCUACUUCCAGGGAUUCCGUGUCGAUCUGCCCAUCAAGUCGGCGCGAUACAGAGGACAGUACAGCUCUUACCCGAUCAAGCUCUUCUACACCUCUAACAUCCCCAUCAUCCUGCAGAGCGCCCUGGUGUCAAACUUGUACAUCAUAUCUCAGAUGUUAUCAACAAAGUUUGGCGGCAACUUUUUCGUCAACCUUUUAGGAGUAUGGGCUGACGUGGGCGGAGGCGGCCCCGCGCGCUCGUACCCGGUCGGCGGCCUGUGCUACUACUUCUCGCCGCCGGAGACGUUUGGACACAUGCUGGAGGACCCGAUCCACGCCGCGCUCUACAUCUUCUUCAUGCUCGGCUCGUGCGCGUUCUUCUCCAAGACGUGGAUCGACGUGUCCGGCUCCAGCGCCAAGGACGUCGCAAGCAACUUAAGAGCAGCAGAUGGUGAUGCGAGGGCACAGAGAGAAGUCGAUGAUCAUGAGUUGAACGCUACAUCCGACCGCCGCCGCCGUUCGGAGGUCUCUGCAUCGGAGCGCUGUCCGUCUAUGGCCGAUCUCAUGGGUGCGAUCGGCAGCGGCACAGGUAUCCUGCUCGCAGUCACCAUCAUCUACCAGUACUUCGAGAUCUUCAUGAAGGAGCAGAGCGAGAUGGGCGGCAUGGGAACGCUGCUGUUCUAG